AUGGCCGCAGGGUUUCGAGAUUCCGAGCGCAUCGGCCUGGGCAGCGAUACCGAUUUCACCAUCUCCCAUCGCAAGCCUCCUCCAGUUCCCAACUCGCCGCCGCUGUCCAGCACUUCUUCAACACCCGCCAGUCCUCCCCUUCCGCACAUCGGCGAGGCCUUCACCACCGACGCACGGGUCGCGCAGCAGCAGCAGCAGCAGCAGCAGCAGCUUCUCGACCGACAGCAACAGCAAGCACACCAGGAGCAACAGCAAGCGCGGGUGGUGAAUCGCGGGGCCCACUUGGGAGACAGCGAGGAACCGACAUCUACCGCCUCGCAGCCCGCUGCUGCAGGUACAAUCACACCCAGUGGGGGGAAACGAAGAGGCUCCUUCAGCUUCCUGCGCCGCUCCGCCAGCAACUCGAGCGCGACGUCGAAACACAGCGAGCCUACGGUCUACCACGCCGACAGCGACGCUCCUCCACUCCCCGACUUCCAGCCCCGGACACGAAUAGCACAGGCAAGCGCCGACGCGGCCAGCCGCCGUGAACGGCAGAAGCUGCGAAAGGCAUCGACCGACUCAGAGCGGAAGGCGUCCUUCACCAUGUUGCGCAAGAGCAGCAGACUCAAGAAGCAGGAGCAGGAAGAGGCCGAGCGGCAGGCCAAGGCUGUUCCUCGACAACCUCCUCACCUGCCCUCUCUCACCUUCGUCUCCGACGACGUACGCCCUGACAGCGUCGCCAUCUUCAACAACUCCUACACUCACUCCAUCUCCAGCCAGCCGCGCACGACCGCCAACUUCUCGCGGCCCGCCGCCAUGGGCCCCUCCAGCAACAUGAACAGUUCCUCGUCACCUGCUUAUGCCACUCGUUCCGGCAGCGGGCUUGCAGGCUCUUCCUCCCCUCCAGCCAGGGCCAAUGGCGAGUAUGUGGUUGAUCCUACAUCUCACCGCACCGAGAGCAUGACCAAUCGAAGCCGCUAUUCUUAUGCUUCUUCUGUCGGACAGACUGUUAACGUGAACAGUCCUCGCCGAGUCCGCAGAAGGAAAGAUCCCACUCCUUUCAAGUAAGUCAAGAAGAACUUCGCCUUGCCGCCCAUUACUGAUCUUUCCCAGCGUGUUGGUCAUUGGAGCCAAGGGCAGCGGCAAGACCUCGUUCAUUUCGUUCCUUCGACAUUCGCUCGCUCUUCCCGCGCACAAGCAGCCGAACGGAAGGGAACCGCAACCGCAAGUCGCUGGCAACAGAUCUUCGUUCACUUCGCAGUAUUUGGAGACCGAGAUGGACGGCGAGCGCAUGGGCUUGACGCUAUGGGACUCUGUUGGCUUGGAGAAGAACAUUGUUGACUUGCAGCUGCGAGAGAUGACGGCAUUCGUUGAGGCCAAAUUUGAGGAUACAUUCGUUGAGGAACAGAAGGUGAUGCGAAGCCCCGGUGUCAAGGAUACACACAUUCACUGCGUCUUUCUCGUCCUAGAUCCCGUGCGGUUGGAUUCGACGAUCAACGAGUCGACCGCUUUCCACAAGAACGGAUCGCAUGCCGGAAGCCUGGAUGAUGAUUUGGAUCUGCAGGUCUUGCGCGCGCUGUGGGGAAAGACGACUGUCAUUCCGGUCAUAUCGAAGGCGGACACGUUGACUGUGUCGCACAUGGCGUUUCUGAAGCGCGCGGUCUGGUCGGCUUUGAAGGGCGCGAAGCUGGAUCCCCUGGAAGCGCUGGAGUUGGAGGAUGACGAGGACGAUGAGGAUGAGGAUGAGGAUGGGGAAGAUCUCGACGGCGAGCAAGAAGAUACAUUCGAAGGCGACAGCCUACUGGUAUCGAAGAAGAAGAAGGCGCACAACCGACAUUCAUCGCUUUCUCUCGUCAAUGGAUACAUUGCCGACGACGAGACACCAUACUUGCCAAUGUCCAUCAUCUCACCCGACAUCUACGACCUUCCGCCGUUUGCGCCCAAGUCCAAAUCUGGCAAGCAAGGGAAGGUCGGGCGCAAGUUUCCCUGGGGCUUCGCGGACCCGUACGACCCUGAGCACUGUGACUUUGGCCGUCUCCGAGACAGCAUCUUCUCCGAAUGGCGCGAUGAGCUGCGCGGACUGAGUCGGACGAAGUGGUAUGAGAACUGGCGUACGAGUCGCUUGCGGAAUCUGCCUGGAUCAAGACAGCGAAUCAAGGGCGGCGUUACUCCUGUUGCCGCGGUACCCAAGGAAGGCCGGAUGGGCAGUCAGUCGAGCCGACAAUUCUCGCCUACGACGAGCCAUGCGGUCCCGAGGAGUUUCUCUGCGAUGAGCUCUGCGACGGCUUCCACGCAUGCGCAAGCUGCGAAUGUUGGAGUCGCGCUUGCGGUUGCGGGCAAGAGUUCGCGGGAUGUGAGCGGGAGUAGUCAGACGGGGAGUGUAAUCAAGCAUCCGCAGUAA